GGACAUGCAUUCCUCUGAGACGCCCUGGACAGUAGAUUUUGGUUUAAUAUUGGAUUGGGAAAACAUACAGAGACAUUUCCAGUCAUGAAUUCAGACCAGGAUGUAGCACUCAAACUUGCCCAGGAACGCGCUGAAAUAGUUGCUAAAUAUGACAGAGGGCGAGAAGGUGCAGAGAUUGAACCUUGGGAAGAUGCUGAUUACCUCGUUUACAAAGUCACCGAUAGAUUUGGCUUUUUACAUGAGGAGGAGCUUCCAUAUCAUAAUGCAGCUAUGGAACGGCAAAAACAUUUGGAAAUCGAAAGAACUACCAAAUGGUUGAAAAUGUUAAAGGGAUGGGAAAAAUACAAGAACACUGAAAAGUUUCAUAGAAGAAUUUACAAAGGAAUCCCUCUCCAGCUCCGAGGUGAAGUCUGGGCUCUCCUUCUUGAGAUCCCCAAAAUGAAAGAAGAAACAAGAGACCUUUAUAGUAAAUUAAAACACAGAGCACGGGGUUGUUCACCUGAUAUCAGACAAAUAGACCUUGAUGUCAACCGCACAUUUAGGGACCAUAUUAUGUUUAGAGACAGAUACGGUGUUAAGCAACAAUCCUUAUUCCAUGUUCUUGCUGCAUAUUCUAUUUAUAAUACGGAAGUUGGGUACUGUCAGGGGAUGAGCCAGAUCACAGCUUUACUCCUCAUGUAUAUGAACGAGGAAGACGCCUUCUGGGCCCUGGUCAAACUCUUUUCAGGCCCUAAACAUGCCAUGCAUGGAUUUUUUGUCCAAGGUUUUCCUAAACUCUUGAGAUUUCAAGAACAUCAUGAAAAAAUACUGAAUAAAUUUCUGUCCAAACUUAAGCAACACUUGGAUUCUCAAGAAAUCUACACAAGUUUUUACACAAUGAAAUGGUUUUUUCAGUGUUUCCUUGAUCGUACUCCUUUUACACUGAACCUCAGAAUAUGGGAUAUCUACAUCUUUGAAGGAGAACGAGUCCUAACUGCUAUGUCUUACACAAUCUUAAAAUUACACAGAAAACAUCUAAUGAAAUUAUCUAUGGAAGAACUUGUAGAAUUUCUUCAGGAUACUCUAGCAAAGGAUUUUUUCUUCGAAGAUGAUUUUGUAAUCGAGCAACUUCAGAUUUCUAUGGCAGAACUGAAGAGGGCGAAAUUAGACCUCCCAGAACCUGGUAAAGAGGAUGAAUAUCCAAAGAAACCUCUGGGACAACUUCCACCUGAAUUUCAUUCUGGUGGCACUCAUCACCUGAGCAAUGGACAAAGAAGUGUCGGCAUUCCUAGUCCCCACAUAAGCAGCAGAAGAGAAAGCGGGUCAUCACCUCACAGAAAACAGGAGCACUCCCCUCACCAUCAGAGUAGAGCUGGCACACCAGAAAGAGUCAGGCAGCUCAGGAGGAAAUCCGUGGACGAGGAUAGUAAAAACAUAAAAGAUGAGGCAGAUGUUCAACGAAAACAUUCAGGUCCACAAGACAAUUCCAGGCCUUAUAACCAUGCAGCAGCUAACCAAAAUAGCAAUGCUAUUUCAAAUAUCAAGAAGGAAUUUGUGCCCAAGUGGAAUAAACCAUCAGAUAGUUCAGCUAUUGAAAGAACUUCCAAAUAUACCAUAGAAGGCAAAAGUAGAUCAGUACAUCCCACACUUUCUGUGUCAAGUUCUGCUGAAAGCCGAGUAUCAAACACAAGGCAAAAGAUGAAGGUUUUGGAUACUGGUGAUGGGAAGCGGGGCUCCAAUGCAUCGCAGUAUGAUAAUGUACCUGGAAGUGAAAAUGAAAAUGGGGCUUUUGUUGAAGAGGCACUUGAAAGGGCUUGCUCUCAAAAUCCAAGGAAUGUCUUUUACUCUAACAGUCCAAGAAAGCAUGCUGAGCCAAGCUCUAGUCCAUCAAAAGUAUCCAAUAAGUUUACUUUAAAAGUGCAGCCUGCAAGCUAUAUAAGAUAUCCAUCCCAGUUAGAAGGAGAAGAUUGUGGGCCCGCAAAUCCCCCCUCAUACAGCAAUCCCCCUAUCUACCAUGGACAUUCUCCAAAACACAUCCCUGCGGCUACCAGCAGCAUCGUGUCUCCACAGAUGGGCCCUGUGACUCAAAUUCAUCCUUCCAGGAGACCUUACGGUUCCACUCUUUCCAUUGAUAAUUCUCCAGAGAAAUCUUACACCCGCCCAACUCCUGUUGUUCUACCCUCUAGCCGAAUAGAAGUCCUUCCUAUUGAUCUUGGUGCUGGGGGGUAUGUGGGCAACUCGGGAUCACCAAAGAAUGGGAAAUUCAUCAUUCCUCCAGUGGACUAUUUGCCAGAUAACAGAAAAUGGUCCGAAGUUAGUUAUCCUUACAGGCCUGAGAUGCACGGACAAUCCUGGACUCGCGAUGCUAGCCACGGCCACUUAAGUAAUUUACCAAAAUACACAGCUUUUCAGCAUGUGCCCUUUCAGGACCAUGGCCUCCCAGCGGUGUCAGUGGAUGGUCCAGUGCGGUAUAAAACCUCACCAGCUGUGGAAGAUGCUGGUCCAGCUGGGUAUCAGUAUGCAGGGCCCUCGCCUCCAACAUAUCACUACAGAAAACGAGAGGGGCUUUCAGUUCAAGAAUCAGUAUUGCUGUGAGAAUUGCUCUCUUCUUGCUGAAGUCGAGAAUAGAAACCAUAUGAAAACUACAUUGCUAUGUUUAUAAUUGCCAAAGCAGUAUUUUCUGUGUUGUAAACGACUCGCACAAUGCUAAUGUAUGUUAGUAAUAAGAGUAUAUGGAAAUGUGUUCAUCCCCAUAUAGAUGCUGCUUAAGAUGAGCGUUUUAAAUUGCAUCAUCACUGAAUAUGUUAAAGAGGAUUUAACCCGGAAACAUAGCAAUAGCACUUAGGGCUGCACGCACAGUAAUGAUUCUUUACCCAGUUUCAUUUAAGUCUUUCUCCAAAACCUAACCAUUUUUACUUUGUUGACCCAUCCUAUUUUGACUGUUGCUACAAAGCACUGAAAACAGUAGAAGAAAUAUUUUUAAGACUACAUGUAGUGUAUCUUUUAAUAGAUGUUAUAGGCAUCUAUGCAUAUACAUAUUUGAACACAGAACUGAAUACUUUUUAAAGACUACUUUUCAUGUAGACCCAUCAAAUGUUGAUAAUCCCCCCACCUUAACUUGUCUUUCAGUUCACUUUUUCCCCUUUAUAUUUUUUUACCCAGAUCCUAAGCUGACUAGUUAUUAAUUCAUCUCAAAAAUGCUCCUCAUUCUCCAUCAGUUGCUGCCAUUUUAUUUCCAUGGGGCACUUAAAGAUAUUGGAGAGAACGAUUUACCCACUUCAUGGUGCUUCAAGUUUGAGGCGGUUCACCUAAGUUUAUGGCUAGAGAUGCAGCCCUCCCAAGAUGGGUCUUGUGUGUGCACGUCCUUGACGGCUCCUGCGCUCCAGGCGCCGGGUAGGCCGAUCCCUGCCCGGGUGCUGGGGGCACGCUGCGGCUUGGCGCCCCCCACGCAGAGGACCUUGUGCAGUUAGUGUUGACACAGCACUCAGGUGGCAGAAGGAAGGAAUGCUUCUGAAGAUCAUUUGAAAGCAGGAUUAAUGAUACAGCUACUUGUCACUGUGUCCCUUAAACUUUCAAGAGGGCCUCACCUUAAAGUGAGGGCCUCUGGUGACCAGUCUCUGAAGAAUAAUAUAAUCAAUAGAAAUUGCUAGUUAUUUGGACCAUUGCAUUAUCCAUGUUAAAAUUGUGGGGAAAAAUCUACUUAAGGAUAGGCAUCUAAGAUUUUGAUGUGUUUU